AUGGCGACGACUAAGAAUAUGCUAGAGAGGGCGCUGUCGACCCGGCGACCGGCGCAGUUCACCGACGAUGGUGGCACCACCGCCGAUGAUGAAGCCAACGAGGAAACGGGGGACGAGUCCAAGACGCGAAAGCACAUAUCUAUAGCAGUGCGGGUCACGAAUUAUUUGACCCGAACCGGGUACCUCUGUCCCAUACUGUUUUUCGGGCUUGUUAUCAUCAUUAUCUCGUCUCUUGUAUUUCGCUCCCGAGAUCUGGUUUGCAUCUCAGCAUCGUCGUCCGAUCACAUCUCGCGGUUACGAUUCUUCGGGUUUGAUGGUCUCGAAUCUGACUUCGGAUCCCUCGGCGUUCCCUGGUGCAGAUCGAAACAUGGGAAAACUGUGGAAUGGACAUCCAAGGAUUUGCUCAAAGGUCUUGAGGAGUUUGUGCCAAUAUAUGAGACACGGCCAAUUAAGAACAACAUGUAUGGGAUGGGUUUCGACCACAGCUUCGGGCUUUGGUUUAUUGCUCGAUGGCUAAAGCCAGACUUGAUGAUCGAAAGUGGUGCUUUCAAGGGGCAUUCUACGUGGGUUUUAAGGCAAGCAAUGCCGAAUACACCAAUUGUGUCACUUUCACCUCGCCAUCCUGAGAAGUACCUCAAGAAGGGGCCUGCUUAUGUUGAUGGAAACUGUACAUACUUUGCUGGAAAGGACUUUGUGGAUUUUGGAAGCAUGAAUUGGGGUAGAGUGAUGAAGAAACAUGGGAUUAAUGAUCUCAGCCGGGUUCUUGUCUUCUUUGAUGACCAUCAGAACGAACUCAAACGAUUAAAGCAAGCACUUAAAGCUGGGUUCAAGCAUCUCAUAUUUGAGGAUAACUAUGAUACUGGAACUGGAGACCAUUAUUCUUUCCGGCAAAUAUGUGAUCAAUUUUACAUAAGAGGUGGCGGCCAUAGCUGCUUCAGAGAUAGUGAUGAAGCUCGGAUAAGAUAUAGAAGGAAGAAAUUCUGGGAGAAAGCAGUUGAUAUAGAAGAGCUAUGUGGGCCAGGAGAAGCAUGGUGGGGCGUUAGAGGUCAAAUGCGGGAUGAUUUUAACCAUAGCAACAAGGCAAUCUCCUACUUAGAUCAUUUUCAGAACAGCAGGUUUUUAGAAUCAGUACUUGACGUUUAUUGGGAGCUACCCCCUGUGGCUGGUCCUUCCCUGACUCACCAGACAAGAUAUGAUCCAGCUCGUGCCCCUAGUCCUGUUGUUGAAGAUGGUAGAUAUGGCUUAUUUCGCAGGCUUGGUUUAUCGACACUCGAUACUUCUGUGUUCAAUGGAUACACUCAAAUGGUUUAUCUUCAGGUAUCUGAACCGGAAUCCUAA